GAAACCAGGUAGUUAAACGCGAUGUGAAUACAACCAGUCGAUAAUGAAAUAGUCAGGACGGAGCAUUAAACCACUUUUGCACACUAUUAUACGUUUGAAUGUUUCAAAUGGAAAACAUGAUGAUGAUGAUGAAAAUCGCUGUACUUUGUGUUAUUAUUCUGGCAAUGCCAGAUAUUGUGACCGGAUAUCCAUCGGGGGCGCCCUCAGGCGCGUGCGAAUCGAUGACGCCAAAUCACGGAGCACCAGCAUCGGUCCCACCCGUUCCAUACACGCUGACAGUUUCCUCGACCACCUACAAUUGCGGUGACGUCAUAACGGUGACGUUAGCGAAUGCAACCAGCGGUGAUACGUUCAAGGGCUUCCUGUGCCAGGCACGACCCGAUGUCAACAGGUCCUCAACCGUCGGCAAGCUGGCGGCAAGUGGGGCCCUGGCUGCUACCACCAACUGCGGCGAUGGAGCAAUCACGCAUUCGGAAAGCAGCGACAAAAUAUCGGCGGUGUUUACGUGGACUGCAAGCGGAGAUAAUCCAACAGUCAAUAUUGUUUGCACGGUGGUCAAGGCGAAAACGACCUUCUGGGUUAAAGGCGUUCGGCAACCAAUAACAUUUUCUGGUACUACUGGGACAUGCUCGAAGGCGAUGGGGUCAAGAGGUUCCGGGUUCUUAGUGCUCGUUCUCUCCAUCCUUGUUGCUCUUCAAUGGAAGCUCACUGUCGCUUAACACGAGAACUGAUGUCAGGAAGCUACGAAAGUCAUGAUUUCUCCUUCAUGAUUUUGACUUCACGAUUUCACUUUAUCAUGAAAGCACGCCUUCACGAACUUGCGUUUUCAACUUCACGAAUUCACGACUGUAUCUUUACGAAUUCACGAUUUCACGCUUUCAACUUAACGAAUUUUCGUUAUAACUUCACAAUUACGCGAUUUUAACUUCACUAAUUCGCAAUUAUAACUUCACAAUUACGCGAUUUCAACUUCACGAAUUCGUGAUUAUAUCUUCACAAUUUCGCGAUUUUAACUUCACAAUUUCGCGAUUUUAACUUCACGAAUUCGCAAUUAUAACUUCACAAUUUCGCGAUAUUAACUUCACGAAUUCACGAUUACGCGAGCUUACGAUUUCACGCUUCCGACUUCACAACUUUACGAUUUCACGAUUUCGUGAAUAUCAUGCAGGAGAAAUCAUGAAAUAUGGAAAUGUCACCACCGGUCUUUCGUAGGAAGCCUUAUGGACUUUCAAAAAGAAAUUCAACCUUGUUGAAUGAAAUAGCAACAUCUCCUUGGACACCAAUAUAUUUGUAAUUGUAUGAAAGAUAAUAGACGGGCCCCAAUUUCUCGAAACUUCUUAAGUCCCUUUUAACAGGAUUAAGCUAAACUCACUAUUUUUGUUUUUAAAUAAUUUGUAUAAUAUUUACUUCUUUGAGAGUUUUUAUACUUAAGAUAGGAAUUAUCUAUAUGCUAAUUACAUUCAACCAUUUUUCAUUUAUCAAAAUUCAAUUAAAGUAUGUAUUUUGGCUAAUUGAAAUAAGCGACUUAAGCCUGUUAAGCUUAAGAAGUUUCGAGAAAUUGGGGCCGGAAGUGUAUUUAGUCACUAAUAGAUUAUUAGAACAAUAGUUGUAUCUGAUAAAAUAAAAUUGAUAACAAUA